GUCCCAUGCGCGGAGCCAUUUUGAUUUACUAAAAUAAUGGCUGCCGGACACCCUAGCCACUGACGCUUCUCUAUUGAUUGGAAAUUAAUAAUUAAGUCAGUUAUUAGUGUUAUUAAAUUCAGUGACUAAUUAUAUGUAUUCUCUUUAGCAUAAUUAGAUUUCAAUUAUUGCUUCUAUUCUUUGACUGGCAAAUUGCAUCUUAACUAAGAUGGAUGGGCCGCCUAACCGAGGCUUUCGUGGUGGCCGAGGAGGACCGCCAGGCAUGAAUUCUAGAGGAAGAGGUGGAUUCGACAUGCGUGGACGGGGUGGACCUGGAAUGAGGGGCAGAGGCCCACCACGAGGUGGCCUCCCAUUUAGAGGAGGGCCGCGAGGAUUUCGUGGCGGACCAAUGAGAGGCGGUGGUGGUGACAGAGGUGGAAGGAGUUUCCCGCCGGGUCCCCAGGGUCCCGGACCACAUCCCGUACCCACAAUUGAAUCUCGAGGUGCGCCACCACAACGUGGAGGAUUCAACAACAGAGGUGGACCAGGAGCUAUGAGGGGCAGAGGAGGGAGAGGUCGUGGGGACUUUGGCCAGCGCGGUGACCGAGGUGGUGGUCGUGGAGGGAUGCCAAUGAGAGGUCGUGGUGGACGCGGCGGUCAUGGUAUGCCUCCAGGCGGUCCUCCUGGAGGCCCAGGAGGCCCACACUCUGGGCCAGGCCCUGCUGGGCCUGGGCCACGUUCAGUACCCCCACAUGCUGCAUCUUCUGCACCGCCCAUGCAGUCACAACCCACGCCUCCAUUCAAGAGAGGUGGUGGCCCACCUCAUGGAGGCCCUGGCGGUGGCCCACCAAAGAGGCCAAGAUUUGAAGGUCCUCGAGGAGGUGGCCGACCUCCACCACAGGGUGGUUAUCAGCAGUCUGCCCCUCAACACAGUGCACCACAACAAGCAAAUGGCUAUGGACCAUCUCACACUGGAUACCAACCGUAUGAACCUCCUGCGGCUGACCCCUACGCCCAGCCAUCAUACAAUACACCCAGCUCUUAUCAAGGCAACAGUUACUCAACUCCUGCUCCAGCUCAGUCUAGCUCAGGUUACAAUUCUGGCAGUUAUGGUUCAGGCUACGGGUACUCAACCGGUGGCCAAGGAGGCUACGAAAAUGAAGGAUACAGUGGUGGCGGCAGCGGAGGCGGCGCUGGAGGCGCGGGUGACGCCGGCUAUGGCGGCUCCGAGCCCGCCUACGGGGGCGCGGCUCCGUCCUAUGAUUCAUAUUCGCAGCCCUCGUACAACUCAUACCAGCAACCACAGCCGCAAUAUAACAAUAACUAUGGUAAGUUUCGGAAAUAUUGAGUAUGUUGCUAAAGCUACAUACUUAAAUCUAGUCAAAUUUUUCGACAGGAUAUCUAAGUUAAAUGUAAAGUGAAUUUACACCCUAAGCUGAAAGAAAAGCUUUACAAGAUGUCUUGAUUAACUGGUAAUGCACAGUAGGACCUUCAUAAUUAUUGUUAGUGCAUCUAAAGUACUAGAUGACACCAUUUAAUUAUAAUAACUUUACUACUUUAUAAGCAAACUAGGAUCAUUUUAAUUUAAACAAUAUAUUUAUCGGUCACCUGGUAUAGGGUAGGGGACCUUUGUCACAUCAAUGUAUUAAUUUGCGUUAAGAAUAAAUGAAGGAAAAUUAACAUAAAACCAGGUGUAAAAUUAUCUUGAGUAGUACAAGAGUAAAACUAAAGUAAAAUAGGUUUAAAAUAGUAAGUUCAUAAUUAGGUGAUAAUUAAGUAUUUAUGAAAUUAUUAGGCUAAGAAUAAGCGAAUAAUGAACGCAAGGAAUACAAAUUGAUAGAAGUGCUCAUAAACCAGCAAUGGGAAUAAUGAUCUUUUUACAAAACAAUUUUUUUUCUUAAAACCAUUUAAAUAUAUAAGUAGACAUAAUACGCAGAAUAUUAUAGCAGAUCUUUUGGAUUCAAGAAAAUUAAAUGGCUUAACUAGAAAUGAGAUAAACCAUAAAAAUGGUUUUAAAAUUUAAUAUUGAAGUAAUGCAAUUGAAUUAUUUCAUGGUGUUAUUACAACUAUAUAAUAUUAAGUUUCAGUGUAUUCAUUUGUAAAUAAGUUUUGACGUCUAUUGUAAUUGUUUGCAUUACAGGCAGUUGGUGAUCUGUUUGACUAUACAGAAUAUCAUUUACGUCUUUAUGGUACACAUU